AUGCUGCUGCUGUUCCUCAGAUUGUGGAGAUUGAUGGCCGGCUGGCGAAUGGCAACAGCUUUGGCGAAGAAGAGCCUGCGCAAAGAAUCUUGUUUCAAUCUAACGGUCAUGAAGAGAAAGACCAAGAAUCGAAAGCCCACCGGCUUCGUGGCUCAGCCAAUGAAGGUGGGCUUCGAGGACUAUGACGAUGAUGUGGAAGAGGUGGAGGUUGACAAGACGCCCAAACGAAAGGUUCACGGCCGAACGCCCACGGCCUUCGUACCUAAAAAGGCUGCGAGUCCUGAUGUGGACUUCGACGAUGAUGCAGAGGACAUCUUGGUGGAAGAGGAGAUGACCGGACCCAAGCGAGCGGUGCACGGGCGGAAGGCUACGGCCUUCAUCCCAAAGAAGGCAGCAGCUCCAAACGUGGAAUUCGAAGCUGACGCACAGGAUGUUGAAGAGGUUGAAGUGGACAACACACCUCAGCGAAAGGUUAAAGGGCGACAGGCCACCGCGUUCGUGCCCAAGGCACCGAGUCAUGGUGCGUCCGUCGACUUCAGGGACGAUGCAGAGGAACUGGAAGCAGACGAUGAUGGAGGAGGUCCAAAACGCGCCGUGCACGGGCGCAAGGUCACUGCCUUCGUGAAAGCCAAAGCCGUGGGGGUUGAAUUCGAGGAUGAAGAAGAAGAUGUCGAAGAGGUGGAGGUUGAUCAGACUCCCAAACGAUCAGUUCACGGGCGGCAGGCGACCGCCUUCGUGCCCAAGUCCAAAGUCCGCGCGUCGCCACAGGUGGGCUUCAACGAUGGCGCCGAGACCCUCGAGACCGAGGAAGACCCGGAGGCCUCGGGUCCCAAGCGCUCGGCGCACGGGCGAAAGGCCACGGCCUUUGUGCCCAAGGCGCGGGCAGCUCCCGGAGUCAGCUUCAACGAUGAUGCAGACCAGGUUGAAGUGGAACACGAAGGAGAAGUGCCCACCCGCUCUGCACAUGGCCGGAAACCAACGACUUUUGCGCCCAAGGGAGUGGGAGCCCUGGCGUUGCCUGAGUCCUUGUAUGAUGCGCUGCUGGUGGAUCAGAAUGCCACACUGGAUGAGAUCAAGCUGGCUUUCAAAAAGCGUGCGCUGCAGGUUCAUCCAGACAAGGGUGGCAGCAAGGAGGCCUUCCAUUUGGUCUACCAGGCACUUGAGACCUUGGCUGACCCAGAAGCUCGCAAGAAGUAUGACCACAGUCUCUACAUCAGGGAGUCCGGAAACAUGCCACGGCAACGACCUGGGGACGUUUUGGGAAAAAAGACGGCUACGUGGAAACCUUGCCAUCCCACUGCGAAGGAAGCGCAAUCAAAAAGGCGCGCUCCAAAUCCCAAAGGGAAGUCGAGGAGGCCCAGGGGGAACACAGGAAGUGAACCAUCACCUCAAGCACCCCAGUCCAAGCAAACCAAGCUCUUGAUCAAGAUCCGUGAUCUCUUGAAACAGUUGCCUCGAGACGUGCGGAAUGACGCGAUCAGCAACGAUUUCUCUCAGAAGCAGCGGCUGAUUCUGGAGAAAUGGAUGGUGGAUUCCUCAUCACAGGCCCAUAGCGCUACAGAAGCAGCACCGUUGACAUUAGCUGGUCAAGAAAGUUCUGCGAGCAGUGUGCAGGAGACGACUGAAGAUAGAAUCUAUAGAAGGGAUGUGGCAAAUGGUGGAGGUUGCAAUGUUGUGGCUGUUCUGGUCUACGGCAAAGUGGGCAGGGUUUGCGCUGCAACUGAGAUGCCUGCAGCCAAGCGGCCUGCUAUGGCCAAGCUUCGAGACAAGAAGAACGAUGCAAAGAAAAGAGUCCGAAGUGGGUGCGGGUCGCUGCACAAAUGCUAUGCUGCAAAGUGUCCUUCGUACGCUGCUCGCAUUUGCUUUGACAAUGUUGAACUCUUUACGCGAUACAGUGAUUUACAAACUGCUUUGGAGCACUUGGUGAUUUUAACCUCUGUCAAGCAGAAGGUUCAGGAUGGCACAGGAUUGCCUGCAAACUUCGAAGAACGCUUGCAAACGGCCCUGAUGUCUUCUGCGCAGGAACACGGGAAACAAAUUGAAGACCUGAAGGUUCGUUUUGCAGUGCAUCAAAGAGCCGGUAUCUUCAUUGGCCACCACUCAAUGCUGAAAUCCCCUUGUGUGCGCAAUGUUGAAGCUCUGAGAAAACUACGCGAUUUACUGGACCCUUUUCGCGCAUAUGCCAAAAAACACUUGCAAGGUGCCAAGAUAUUUUGGCAGUAUAGCCCAGCCCAUGUUGAACAUGCUUGGGAACGGUUUCAACAGGCAGUGGCUGACGCAUGGAAAGUUGCAGGGGCAGACAGCACGCUUGUCAUGAAGACGGUCCGUGCUGGACAUGCCGCUACGGCGAAUUCUCGCACAAAAGCUUUGCAAUCUUGGGAGAGGCAGCACAUGGCCAAGGAGGACAAGAACAAACACAGACCAAGGAGUUUGCGAGACCGGAACACCAAGUACCUGGAGUGUCGGGAGCGGCUACGAAUGGCAAGGCAGGACAAGAAUGAGCACCGCCCAAGGGGCUUGCGAGAGAAGAGCAGUGCAAGCUGCUUGGAGCUGUGGGAACGUGAGCAGAUGGCAAUGCAAGAUCGGAGCCGGCAUUGCCCACGGCGACUGCGAAGUUCUUUCCAGAAAUCAUUUGCUGACAAUAUUUUGUCGAGGAAGCUGUUGGCUUUGAAGACACUUCUUGCGAGAUGGGAGCGUGUACUGAAAAGGCAGGCGUGUUUUGAAGACAAAGAGUAUCGCAAAGCUUUGCGACUGCGACAGUUGCAGCAGAGAAAGGACAAGGAAAAGCAGAGGCGACUUGAAGCGCUGAACCAAAAGCGGAUCCGUGAGGAAGAACGCUUGAGAAGAGAAGUUGUUCGGAAACGGAUGAAAUCCAGUGACUUCAUGGAUGAUAUUCCGUGGGUUUGAUCGGACUGAACGAUGAUGAGGGGG